CUCAGCACUAACCUGUCCCUCUGUCUAUUUAAAGUGUACUGGGGAGAGCAUGCGCCUGCAUGAAGGAUUCUCUGCGCGCAAACUUUGAGACAACAGAGACGGCGAGAUGCCAAAGGAAUAUGCGGAUGAAUACGAGCCUUUGCUCAUCAAAGGAUAUAAAGAUUCAAAGCAAUCAAAGUUUCCAAACAAAUCUCUUCUGCUGGCUAUGUUUGGUACAUGCAUAGGAGGAACUUUUCAAUGUGGAUACAAUAUAUCUGUCAUCAAUGCACCCACACCGUAUGUACAAAAUUUCAUCAACCGCACAUGGAUGGAGCGUUACCAGACUGGCAUAUCAAACCAUGUUCUUACCCUUCUUUGGUCCACUAUUGUGUCCAUUUUCACCUUAGGAGGAUUGGCAGGAGUAUCAAUUGGUGGGACACUGUCUGUAAAGCUGGGGAGGAAGGGAACACUGCUGACCAACAACAUGUUCUCAUUAACGGCUGCUCUGCUGAUGGGUCUGAGUUCCACUGCUGGAUUGUUUGAAUUACUCAUCAUUGGACGACUUUUCAGCGGAAUAAAUGCAGGCAUUGCUCUGUGUGUUGAACCUAUGUAUUUGGGAGAAAUAGCUCCAACUGCGUUGCGUGGAGUCAUGGGAAUGGGAACGUCUAUUUUCCUCACUGUUGGGAUCUUGUCUGGACAAGUGAUGGGCCUUAGAGAAGUCCUGGGCAAAGAGGGGGACUGGCCAUUCUUGCUUGCCACCACUUGUAUCCCAGCAUUUCUGCAGCUCAUGAUCCUUCCCUGGUUCCCAGAGAGCCCACGCUACCUGCUUAUUGACAAAGGAGAUGAUGAGGGAUGUAAAAUAGCUCUGGAUCAGCUGCAUGGUGUAGCAGCCAGUGAUGGUGCAAUGGAGGAUAUCCAGAGAGAAAAGAAUAAUUUAGUUGGUUUCAAGGCCAAGAAACCCUGGGAACUCUUUGCUGAUCGCAGCUUACGGUGGCAGGUUCUCACCAUUAUUCUGCUCAACGCUGCACAACAGCUGAACGGUGUCAAUGCUAUGUACUUCUAUGCAGAUUAUGUGUUCAGACAAUCUGGUAUUCCCACUGAUAAAAUUCCAUAUGCAACUGUAGGCACUGGUGCCUGUGAAUGCAUCACUGCUUUAACAUGUGGUUUCCUUGUUGAAUGUCUUGGAAGGAAACUACUCAUCGCAGGAGGAUACAUACUGAUGAGUAUCUGCUGCAUUUUAUUCACACUGACGCUCGCUUUCCAGGAGGUCAGCCCAGUUUUUCCAUAUUUGACUGUGGCCUGUGUUUUUGCUUUUGUCUUGAGUUUUGGAUUAGGACCAGGUGGUGUGACUAACAUCUUAACCACUGAGCUGUUCACACAAACCGCUCGCCCGGCAGCAUUUAUGAUCGCCGGAUCAGUGAACUGGCUCAGCUUCUUCUUUAUUGGCUUGGUCUUCCCAUUCAUUGUGAUUGGGCUGGAGCAUUACUGUUUCCUGGUGUUCUUUGUUGUCUGUUCCACGGUGGCCAUAUACAUAUUGCUUGUUGUUCCUGAAACUAAGAACAAAAGCUUCGUGGAAAUCCAGAAUGAGUUCCAGUCCAGUAAGAGAAAGGCCAGCAUCCCUAAUGGAUCAGGGGCGAUGCUCAUAUCAACUUGUUUAUGAAAUGCACCUGAUUCAAAUGUUUAGCUGACAAAGGUUCCUUAUCACCGUCAGUCACAAGAUGAGUAGAUUUAUAUAUAGAUUUAUAGUCCCCACACCACAGAACAUAUCAAUAGUUGCGUAAUAAUGAAUAAUGUUGUAUCUUACUGUUUUUGAAGAUAUGUUUGUAGUUAUAAUUCAGUCUUUUCUGUUCAUCAUCAAACAAUAUAGUGCAUUUUAAAAUGGGAAGUGAUGGUCUGUACAGCCUUUAUAAGGGGUCCUCUAUUUCAAUAAAGCUGAGCUUACAAAAAGGGUUUUGUAAACAAUGCACACUUUGCAUGCCACUGAAGUUACUUGAUAUUUCAGUUUUCUAAUCCUGCUAGGGGGACAUGUGAUUUGUUGAACAAAGCUUUCACUGAAGUGUGUGUUGUGCCAGCAUUUAUAGAGGAGGAAAUAGUUUUAGCAAUAGUAAUUAGAAUAAACAUUAGAAACCAAUGCAGAUUUUCUGAAAAAUCUUUUAUCAAGUUUUUAGUUACAUGGUUGUUGCACCAGAUCUGACAUCAUUCUGAAUACAUGUGCUCAGUAUACCAGACUUUUUUUAUUACAAUAAAUUCCAGUUGCUUCAGAGGUUUUGUUUGUCCAGAAAGAACAUAAUUUUACUUCAAUUAAAGUUUCCUAUAAUGUUCUCUGAAGUAAAGACUGGCAAAGUAGACUGGCCACUCAGUUUCAAUAAUCUUUCUGCUCUUAAGUACUUGGUUAAUUUCCCAACUCCUUUAAUAGGCUUAACUUCAAACAAAGCACAACAGCUUUGACUGAGUUGUAAUUAGAUUACUUUGUCUAUCAAUAAUUGUUUUCUUUUUUUUUUUCUUUGUAGCCAGUGGAACAUUUUAUUUUAAGAUCAUAUGUGAUCUGUAAUGAGCCAAAACUAAAAGGAUGACAUGAAGGCCUAUGUAAUGCAGAACAGCAGAGGCUCAGUGGUUAAGCACCACAACUAGCAGAACUAACACCUGACUGAAAUGAUACGCUUCACUUAGCGUAAAAAAUGUAGGCAGCCAAAA